CAAAAUGUCUCAAUGAUGAAUGUUUAUUCCUUGUCUGCAAAAGAACAUAACUUGUGAUACAGUGUGUGGUAUUUCUGUAUUACAUGCAUUUCUUACUAUAAAUAGCCAAGUAGGUGGAUCUGUCCUUUAUAUUUGGAAAAUUAUUGGCUUUGAACUAGCCAAGCUGAGUCUUGCUCUGACUCUGCUCAAAAAAUUAAUGCUUUAAAAAAUAUGAUCAAGCUGGCCUUUUCUCUUGAGCCUAUCUUAAACAAGCAUCUAAAUAAGCCAAUCUUGACUAGAUUGUCUUUUUUGUGUAUUCCUAGAUUCUUAGUAGCUUAUUGAAUCAAUUUGAGCCAAUCUGGAUACUAAAGUCGCAGUAUGAUGAGCUGGCUUGUUUAUCUUACUAGCUUAUCUCGAACAUGCUUCUAAUCAUGUCAAUCAUGAACCAAACUUGAGUGGUUUGGUUCACUUUAUAGCCCCAGUAAUCAUCAAGGACAGAAGUGUCUUCCUUUAAUUAGUGUAACACGCUAGGACAGAAGUGUCUUCCUUUAUCAGGUAUGCUUUGGUUUCCCCUUCAAUCGUAUUCAUUACCGAUCUUUGGCAUUCAAUAACUCAGAAACAUUACCACUGUUUGUGAUUAUUUUUGGCUUCUAAACCUUUCUGAAUAUCGGAAGAUGAUGACCGGAAAAUCAGUUAAGUCUGUAGCAAAAGCAGUUGGAGAGUACCAGUAUCCAUGGCAAGAGAAGUUGGCAAGGUACAAGGAUGAGCUCUCUAAGGGUGUGUGGGGUUACUGGGAGCUUGGUGCAUGGAAACGUCUUGGCAUCAGUGCGCGCCAUCGAGCCUGUCUCCGCAAAGUAGUUCUAGUUGCUGGAGAAGAUUGGACAUACGAUCCAGAAAGGAAAGAGAUGAAAACCAAAAGGAAAGGGCACAAGUGUGAUAGGAUAGUAGCACAGAAUCGGGCUACUACUGCUGAAUUAAUGCAGAAAAUGCCUCAAAUGUUGGCAGAUUACAGAAAGAGAAGGUGGGAGAAGAAGAUGAAUGAAGAGGAUGCCAAGGCUGAAAAAAAUUAGGUCCCAUUUUACUCUUAUCCUUUGCAAACCAAUUUUCCGUGAACAAAUUUGCUUGGUUGAUGAUGUUGAUGAUCAUGUCAACUCUUGUCCUUUUCAAACCAAUUUUCCGUGAAUAAAUUUGCUUGGUUGAUGAUGUUGCUGAUCAUGUAAAGCGUUUUUAUAAGAUGGUUCUGUUCUUAUUUUCUCUUCCUUUUGUAGUAAACAGUUAACAUGCUGAAUUGUUCUUUUGAUAGACCUUGCAAUAUAUGUGACAGGUUUUUGGCUUAA